AUGAAGGCUUCUUCGGGGCCCCCGUACCUAGAUGUCUGGCGCCAGACCAUCCAGGAGUUAUUUGCGCUGGAAUUUGCCCGCCUUCCAGUCAGCUUCGACGCGUUGCCGGCCGAACGCAAACGGUAUCCCAAGCUCACAAGUACUGAGCUGGUGAGUUUGCUGGAUUUGUUUAAGCAGUGUUUUGUUGUGACAUCUGGCCGCUACGUCGACUGGACCUGUUUAGCCCACCAGAUCAGUAAGGAGAUCCUCGUCACGAAGUGGGCGUUUAAAGAAAUCUUGCGUAAGCUGGCCAGCCGACAGAAAUGGGCUGUGGCUCCAAUCCCGCGGCUGUGGUCUCAAGUCGUGCAGACAGGCAGUUCUGCUGCACCUGCCAGUACGACAGGCAAGCAGCGUCCCGUGUUCGAUGACUUUAUGUUUGAUCCGGCACAUUUUUCGGUGGAAGAGACGACCACGCUCCGAGCCAUUUGCGCUACGCGCCUUAACUUGACAGGCACUCAACGUCUGCGCGAGGGUACAGAUGAUGAAUGGCGCAUCAUCAUUGGGAUUGCGGAAGGGCAUAUUGCCUGUCGUCGGCUGCCUCAUUUUUUUAAUUCUGUCUUUGGCAGCGACGAGCGGCUUCGGUUGUGUCGGACUGUUCAGGCGCAGGUCGAGGGACAUUUGGUAUUAAAACUUAGACAUGGUCGUGAUAUCCCAAUUGGACGCCGGACGACACACGCUCUUACGGAGAAGAUUUUGGAGUCGGCGGAAAUCUUGCCGGUCUGCUUGCCGGAUCUUCACCGUUUCCUCGGGUUGGCCAAGACGAUAAGCUAUAAUCGUUCUACCCGGUCAAUCCACUUCUAUUUCUUUACGCGAGCCAUUGCCAAGGCGCACCAGGAUGUCGUAGUGACUUUUCAGGGGAGGGCGUACACGCUCGAGAAUGUUCAUCACCCGGUCAGGGGCUCGGUCUGGUUGAAUCAGCGGGGACCAGACGGGCGGUCGAGCCACCCUCGGGCAGCAUACACCAUUUUGCUGUAUAAUCUCACCCGGUUUGAUGAUAUUGGGCGCAUUGCUGCCUACCUCCGCUCCAAGAUACCAACGGAUUUUGAGCUGGAGGAUAUGGAUACCUGUACCCCGAACUCACGUACGUCCACUGCCUGGAAAACCCCCAUAAUCGUCCGGCAUCCGGACGUGGGCCGUCGCCUCCAAUGUUUGCAAUGUGGUACACUAGGCCACCCGGCGUCUAGGUGUCAGUUCACCGAUGCGCAGACGCGGGGGCCAGGCGGGCUGGAGGUCCACGAAGCCGAGCUUUUAGCUGUUGAAGAUCUGGCCAAACCUUUUAGUAGCCCCACUGAAAUGCGGAAAAUGGCGCAGCGACGACUGCUUGUGCAGCAAUCAGCCGAUGCAGCGGCACAAGCUGCGGUGACUCCGGCGGUACCGGUCGCCACUUCCAGUCCACCGCCGGCCGCCGAGCCCCAGCCAACAGGUAUCCCUAUCCAAUCGGUGUAUACUACUCAUGUCGCGCACGCGGGCCCGCCGCCUCCGGCCCCAAAACCCCGGCCCGAACAGCCAUGGAUGAGACGCCCCCUUCGAGGUGGUCGUCGGCCUUGGCCCCCAGUUCAGCCUUCCCCGCCUCAGCUGAACGUCAGCAGCGGGAGUUAUCACGUUCUCCAGGAGAAUGAUCGGGCAGAGGAGGGUCCGUCUUCCCCAUUUGAAGGCAGUGUCGCCUCUGCACCUCCGCAGCCGGGGACUGGAGGCUCCCCGACUCCUGCUUUUUCGGCACGGCUGUCCCACUCUCGGCUUCUGCCGGAGGAUCAGGCCCGGAAACAAGCAGCCGGUAUCCGGGGCCCGGCGGUAGUUACCGCGGGUCCGGCUCUCCUGACCCAGCAGCGACGGGAACGUCUGACUUGCGAAAAGCUUUUAAAGCUGCUGCCGGAUCGGCAAUAUCACUCGAUACCCAUGAAUCCUAAGCCGCCAGCGGAACCCAUCCACAUGGGCGAGCUUGUGAGCAUUCUGGGACUUCGGGAAAUUAACAUACCAGCGAACGGCAAUUGUUUGGCGAUAGCUCUUGCUCAAGCGGUGGCUGAGUCUGCCUUGACCGCCCCUACCAAGGACCAGGAGCUUCUCACGGCUUGCAUCAAACGAGGUAUCACGUUUACAGGACUCUUUAACUUGGAGGAUCAGCUCCCUCACGACUUGCGGGUGCAGGCACUAAAGAAUGUGGGCCGUGGGUGGGCGUCGAUGACGCGCACAGAGUCGGCUUCUCAAUCCCGCUGGUUUUUGACGGGCUUUGCGGCCACCCCAUCGGGGCGAACUUCGCAUAGAGACAUCUUUUUCGUUCAACGCGAGGAAGCCACCCCUCAGUGGCGUUGCCGCAAGUAUCACCCCGUUUCAAUGACUAUACGGGGACAGGCGGUGGCUUCUGUAAAAGAGUACCCCCUUUCUAUAAUGGCGUGUAUCGACGAGCUGCAGGCUACCAAAGUCGAGGUGACCCAGGCUCUACCGUUAGUGUUGCGGUUUGGCGGCAGCCACUACUCGGCCUUGCUCCAUUAA